AUGACCCAACCACAGCCCAGUCUACUUCAGCUGCCCCCCUUCCCUGACAUCUGGAAAUACGGCAUGUUGGCAUUGUCCAUUCUCCUGCUGUUGGUGGCAUUCAUCAUUUUGAUGUGUCAACUGUACAGAUGCCGGAAGGACAGCAAAUUUGGGGAAGGUAUGUUUCAGAGAACAUUGUGGAUCAAAAAAAUCCAAAAGGAGCUCAAGAAACUUGGGAUCUGUUUUUCGCCCUUGGCCAAUAGCCAUAGCAUGGACAAUCUGUGUAGUGGCAUGGAUGCUCCUGACCGAUCCCAGGGCAGACUGAGGUUCUCGCUUCUCUACAACAAAGAGCGCCUGGAGCUGUUGUUGACUGUCACAGAGGCACUGGGCCUACCCAGCCAAGGAUGCACCAACACUUUUGUCAAAGUCAGGCUGCUAAGCUGGUCAUCCUCCCAGUCCCCUCAUCUCCAGCAUAUUGUGCAUGAAUGGCAGACUCGGGUGGCAAAGCACUCCAGGAGCCCAGCCUUUGGGGAUCAGUUUGCUUGUACCCUGCCAGAGGCAGACCUCACAAAGAGCAGCAUCAAGUUACAGGUUAAACACUUUGACAGAUAUUCCCGACAUAUGCCUCUGGGAGAAGUGAGGAUAGUUCUGAAUGCACUCAACACUUCAGAAAAAACUGAAUUCUGUGAAGAACUGCAGAAGGCAACAAAGGACACAGUUGGAGAAGUGCUUGUGUCACUGAAGUGUCUUCCAAUCUCUCAGAGGAUAGAAGUUGGGCUACUGAAAGUGAAAACUGCCUUCUUGCAUAAUAGCCCAGAGAAACGUAUAUACGCAAGGAUUGAUGUUUUCUCCCAUCUCCAUAACCAGAAGCACCAGAAAUCCAAGGCUAAGACCCUUGCAUCAACUACUAUUUUCAAUGAAACUUUCCUGUUCUACCUGCCUGAGCCUGUAGCUUGGGACUGUGCUGUCCUCAUUUCCAUUUACGAGCUACAUCCCAGCAGCAAGCAGCUUGUAGGACAGGCUGUGCUGGGGAAACGAGGACCCAACAAUAUGAACGAUCACUGGCAUCACAUGAUGCAGUCCAUCCAGCAGCCUGUAGCUAAGUGGCAUCCUUUGCUCAUUUAAAAGGAGGAUUUUGCAGUGAU